UCUUGACUUCAAGAAGCAUGUUCAAGAUCCAAACAACAAGUUGUCAUCUUGGGUGAUGGGACAAGACUGCUGCUCAUGGGAAGGAGUCCAUUGUGACAACCUCACCGGUAACAUUGUUGGACUGCAACUCAGGGGUCCGUAUCCGUGGUCAGACGAGUCUUAUUUCUUCAAGGAUGACUCGGAUUACUUGCAGUUGCAGUACUUGCAUUACUUGCAGCUGGGAGGUGAGAUCUCUCCAUCUUUGCUUCAACUUCAACAUUUGAAUUAUCUUGACUUGAGUUGCAACUUCUUCAAUGGAACAAGUAUUCCAUCAUUCAUCGGUCAGUUCAAGGAAUUGAGAUACCUCAAUCUCUCUUAUUCUUACUUUGGUGGACUCAUUCCUGCUAAUUUUGGAAAUCUCUCCAGUUUGCACACUCUUGACCUCUCAUAUAAUGAUGGAGUUUAUGUUGAUGAUCCUGCUCAUCAAUGGCUUUCUCAUCUUAUUUCAUUGCAACACUUGGGUAUGAGUGGUCUCCCCUUUUUCAGUAACUCAUCAAGUAGCUUGUUUCUAGCCCUGAACAAGCUUCCUUCCAUAAAGGAGAUACGUUUGUCUGAUUGUUGGUUUGAAAGCAUUCCUCUUUUCAUUCCCCAUCUCAACUUCUCAUCUCUCUCCAUCCUUGAUCUCUCUUACAACUCCAUCAAUUUAUCAGUGCCUUACUUCCUAUUCAACCUAAAAAGCCUUCAAUAUCUAGACAUCAGUUACAAUUAUUUUGAUAACAUCGGGGGGCAUGAUUAUGAAUGGCUUUCUAAUCUCACUUCAUUGCAACACUUGGAUAUGAGUGGCGUCAACUUGAGCAGCAUCUCAAGUAGCUUGUUCCUAACUCUCAGCAAGCUUCCUUCCAUAAAUGAGCUGCAUUUGUCUGGGUGUGAGAUAGAAAAGCUUCCUUUUUCCAUUCCUCAUCUCAACUUCUCAUCUCUGUCUGUUCUUGACCUCUCUUACAACCAUAUCAAUUUCUCGGGGAUUUCCUGGUUGUUCAACAUCAAGAGCCUACAAUCUCUAGACCUCAGUCAAAAUGAACUUCAUCACCGCACCACCACCAUGGUACCUUCUCUCAAAGUGUCAGCUACUUAUUAUAUUACAAAUGAUUAUAAGAGUCAACCCAGUGAGAUAAGCAUACCUGAAAGCAUGGGCAGUCUUUGCAGCUUGCAAACUCUGGACUCGAAAAGCUUGAGUAUCUACAAGAGACUGGCUGAACUUGAAGGUGUGUUUUCUGGCUGUCUUAAGAAUAGUCUCACUCAUUUGCACUUAAGUUCCACUGAACUUAAAGGAGAUAUACCAGACUGGAUUGGAGAAAUCAAGAAUCUCAAGCUUCUUGAUCUCUCACGCAACUCAUUCUCCGGCUCUGUUCCUUCAUCCCUAGCAUCACUUUCUUUUUUGGAGGAAUUAUUGCUUUUUGAUAAUCAACUAACAGGGACAUUACCAAAGGAGUUUGGAAAUCUUGCACAGCUGGCAUAUUUGGAUCUUUCUUCUAAUCAACUAACAGGGACAUUACCAAAGGAAUUUGGAAAUAUUGCACAGCUGGGAUAUUUGGAUCUUUCUUAUAAUCAGCUGAGUGGUGCUAUAUCUGAAGAACCAUUCACUCACCUUGGGAAUUUAAAAACACUUGAUAUGUCAAGUAACUCACUGGUUUUCAAUGUGAGUGCUAACUGGGUUCCUCCUUUUCUUCUCAGUGAGUUAAGAAUCAGGUCAUGCUUAGUUGGUCCGGAAUUCCCAACGUGGCUUCAGACCCAACACAAGUUGGAGACACUUGAUAUGUCCCAGAAUAGAAUCUCAAGCACAAUGCCUGACUGGUUGUGGAACUUGACUACUCGCAACCUUUUUGAUUUAGACCUCUCAUUUAAUCAAAUUCAAGGGAUGAUACCCAAAUUCUUAACUUUCACUCGCAUGAGAAAACUUGAUCUUUCUUCUAAUUUGUUUUCAGGUCCUUUACCAAAUCUCCACAUGAAGAGCCCCACCUUUUCUUCCAUAGACCUCUCUAAUAACUCUUUUUCAGGUCCUAUCCCUCGAAUUAUGCUAAAUGACACAUUUUUUUCUGAUAUUUACAUCUCAAUUUCCAUGAACAAAUUAAAUGACAGUGUUCCUGAAUGGUUGUGUCAAAUGAAGGACAUUGGAGCCAUCGAUUUCUCUAAAAAUCAUUUAUCAGUCAAUUGGUCACUCUUGAUCUCAGAAGCAACAAUUUCACUGGAAGCAUACCAGCAUGGAUAGGAG